GAGAAAAUAUCAGUUCUUCUCGCCAAGUUGAAGACAUUGGAAAUCAUGUUGAAGUUGGUAGUCCUCUUAAGCGCUCUGGUGGCCUCUACCCUGGGUGCUGCCGUACCUGAGGGUAUGUUGCCGCAAUUGGAUGGCCGCAUUGUUGGCGGUGUGGCCACAACCAUCAACUCAUAUCCCUGGCAAGUGUCGCUGCAACGUUUCGGCUCCCACUCGUGCGGCGGUUCCGUCUACUCGGCCAGGAUCAUUGUGACCGCUGCUCAUUGUUUGCAAUCUGUUUCCGCCUCUGCCUUGAGGGUACGUGCUGGCUCUACCUACUGGAAUUCUGGUGGUACUUUGGUCUCGGUGGCUGCUUUCAAGAACCACGAAGGUUACAAUUCCCGCACCAUGGUCAACGAUAUUGCUGUCAUACGUUUGAGUUCUUCGCUGAACUUUGGAUCGACCAUCAAGUCGAUUGCCUUGGCCACCAAGGCUCCUGCCAAUGGUGCUGCAGCUGUUGUUUCGGGUUGGGGUACCCAGCAGUCGGGUUCCUCAUCUCUACCCACAACAUUGCAAUAUGUCAGCGUGCAUAUUGUUAGCCAAAGUCAAUGUUCAUCAUCGGCCUACGGUUAUGGUUCGGAAGUGAAAUCGACCAUGAUUUGUGCCUAUGCCACCGGUAAGGAUGCCUGCCAGGGUGAUUCUGGUGGUCCCCUGGUGUCGGGUGGUGUUUUGGUUGGUGUCGUCUCCUGGGGUUAUGGCUGUGCCUUUGCCAAUUAUCCUGGUGUCUAUGCCGAUGUUGCUGCCCUACGUUCUUGGGUCAUUGCUGCGGCUAGUUCUGUUUAAACGUAUUGCAGUGAUCAAUGAAAAAUAUAUAUGAAAUAUCUGUGAACAUUA